AUACUGCACGCAUGUGCUAAGCUGAAAAUUCGUCCCUGUACUUUGCAGAUUGUGGAAGAGUUUUGUGUGAAUUCGUUGCUAUCAACCGAGAAUGUGUCGGGAGUUCUUGCGAAAAUGAACCCACACGAGCAGUCCCUUAUCAUCUACUCUUUAUCGCGGCUCUAUUCUUCUGGCAACCCCACAGUUGAAAAAGUGUUUGAGUUUGUGACGCCAAUGUUGACAAACAACGAGAGCCUUACAAGUAUGCAAGCGAAGGAUUUGGUUAUGCUUUUGAAUUCCUUCGAAAAGGCGAACUUUGUCCCCGAAAGUGAUAUCGUCAAACGUUUGAGUUAUUUUAUAAGUCCUGCUGUUGACAAGAUGACCAUCGCGGAGCUCGCGUGUGCCGGCAAGUUCUUC